GUGCGUCUGCUCUUGGGUUAUAGAAGGAGAGGGAGUACGGAGGGGUGCUAAAGUUAUUUUCCCCUUUCCUCUCCGUCUGCGAGGAGGAUGAGGCUAGAAAUAUAAACAGGGUAUCUGGACCCUGUAGAGUUCUGGGGAAGCUCCGCGCCUGGCCUUACUUCCUACUGAGCCCUGAAUCAAACCUUCCUGACCUUUGCAGCCCUCUGAUUAGAGAACUAUGAAGCUCUGGGUUGUGCUUUGCCUUGCAUUGCUCUGGGUGGAGCUCCAAAAUGGUGAGUCCGAUCCACAUCUGCCUUGUAGAUUUAUGAGAAGAAAAGUUACUGAGUAUUUAUUUUACUUGGAGUUUAAAAUGGGAACUUUUGGAGGAUUAGACAGUCUGCUGCUGUAAAUCUGUCACAUUCAGUAAAGAUGAAGUCGACAUUUAUCAGUGGUUUAUCAGGACACUGAAACUAAUCUGCUGUCACUAGAUUUGAAGUUUGGUAUCUAGAUUGCCAAUGUUUGCACAAGAGUUGCAUCAAGUUGUGUGAGUUUUGCGCUAAGUACUUCUGCAGAACAACUCAAACCAUCUGAGGCAUGCAGCAGGCGUUUCUAAUUAAAAGGAUUUUGCUGCUGACCUCUGCUUGGAGUUCUCAAUAAUGCUGUGAAAGAGACUCAAAGAAACCUGAAAGAGAAAGCGUUUUCUUCAGGUUUCAUCUGUGCUCAGUUGGAAAUACGGUGCAUGCAGCUGAAAGGCAAACUUGGUUCUGGACAUUUUGUGCCAGUCUAAAGUUUUUCAUACAUCCUGUCAAACUGUUGUCACAGCUGUGGGAACCAUACUGACCACGGUUUCUCAAAAGAAUCAGCCCAUCGUACAGUAUGGGAUUGUUUUAUGACUAAUCUCUGCUGUCUUUAUUAUUCUUGCUCCCCUUUGUUCCUCCCUCUAAUCCACCCUCCCUCCUCUGUGCCUCUGUGUGUCCAGGGGACUGCCAACAAGUCAAGCGGAGGAAAGAUGUGGGAGAAAACCGUAUCCGGCCAGGGGGUAAACGGGUGAAGAUGCGGCACCCAAAACUAAAAGAUGCAGGAGGGAAAGGUCAGUCCCUUCUGACCCAGGUUUUAGACAAGGGACGUUUCUUACGCUUGGGCCAGACCACGACUCUGACUCCUGGGAGGACUAUGGAGCUUCGCUGCAAAGGAAACUCUAUCGGAUGGUCAUACCCAACCUACCUGGACACCUUCAACGACUCACGCCUCAGGUGCUGGGAGCAAACAUCUGCAGUUUUUAUGCUUUAAGAUGAUCUUACAGUAAAAGUGUUUUCUUUUGUUUCCUACCUGCAGCAUCAAGCAGAGUGACAAAUACAGUCAGCUGAUCCUGACGUCGCCCUCUGCUGCUGACACAGGGCCUUACAGCUGCUGGGUGGUUGUGUGUGAUGGCACAGAGUGUGAGAAAGACCACGAUCGCACACACGUCUCAUACAUCUAUUUCACAGGUGAUUAAAAAAAGGGCUCAGAGCACACUGCACUUAAUAUUACUGCUUUUAAGAACAAAGAAGAAGUCCUACAUGUUACUUUGUCCAUUCAUGGUUGAUUGUCAUUAUGAAGCGUAAACACAGAUUUCCUUUAUUUGCUUCCUCCAUUAGGGACUGAGCUUUUCCUAUCACUUUUAAAACUGAAAACAAUUCAUUUUUUUAUAACAUACAAGCAUUGGGGUAGCCUAUUUUUUAGCAUCAAAUCACUCUUAAUAAUUAAAUUUUCAAGAUGAAUACACAAUUAGACAUGAAUGAGGGUGAAAAGAGAUUAUCCCAAUCCCAGACAACAUAUUUGAAAAAUUGAUUUGAUAUGAUUUUGAGUUUAAACUUUCACAUAGGAGAGGCUGGCUUCACUUUUUAGGAGCUGCCAUGUCAUCCGUUUUUUUCUAAUAGAGUCCGGAAGUAAUUUUACAGUUAAACAAUUAUACAUUAUUUAUGCAGCUCAAAUAGAUUACUGUCCUCAUCCAGCGUCAGUGGGUGCCGUUUUUUGUAAUCCAUUUGAUUCUUAUUUAUUCAGGUCACAAGGUUGGUGAAUCAGAUGACUUGACAGACAGGUGGGCACAAUGUAGUUAACUGCGUGGAGGCUAAAGGCCUGUCUGUGGUAGGUUGACCCCGAGCAAGACUGAGUCAGCUGCUCAACUUCCAGGUCAAAGCCUAGUGUGUGAACUGUGGAGCAUGCUCAGAGCAUAGAGUCUUUCUCCAAGCACUUUCUUUUGCACAAAUAUUUUAAACAACAUGUAAAUGUACAACAUGCCUUCAUGUUUGAUGCCCAGGGGUGUCUCCAGAGGGGUAGCAAGGGGUGGCACUGGCCAACUUAAAAUCUGGUUGGCAACCUCAAAAUGAUUGGCCAUCUGCCUCCUAAGGGGUGGGACCUCUUAGGGGUCUUUUAAAGUCAUUCAGGAUGUCUGAAGCUUUAUUUGUAUUUCAGUUUGGUACCUUCGAUAUUGUUAGGUUGUUUCUUAAAUAUUGGUGGUCGAUAUUUUCUUUCAGAGUCAGAGUCCUGAAAGAAUUGAGCUGAAAAGCAUUUGUCGCACUCAGUUGUUUUCUUUUUAUGGUUAAAACACAGACAGGAGUAUUGGUUUACUUGUCGCUGAAGUGUAAGAGCUUGUUGUUUUUCUGCUCCGGUGUCAUGUGAGUUUUUUGACUCACGAGUCACAUCUGUCUCCAAACAGACAAAGACAACCUCUUCGUCCCCUCCGCCAUCCACUUUGAGAUUGUGUACCUGCGCCCAGACAGGCCUGCUGUGGUGCCCUGUCGUGUGACUGACCCGGAGGCCGUUGUGUCCCUGCACAGAGAGGUCCCCCCAGAGGAGAUCCCAUCCAAUGACACUCUAGUGACCUAUGAUCCCACCAAGGGGUUCAUCCUGCAAAACCCAAGCCUGGAGCUUCAGGGGGUUUUCUACUGCAAGGCUGUGACCACCAGGGGCACCCCUCAGAUCUCCACCAAAUAUCAGCUGCUCUAUGUGGAAGGUGGGGGUCGCUUAGUCAUCACCAGAAAUCCUGUUACAUCUGCUCAGUCAUUGUCUUCUUUAAGUCCUGUCUUUAAGUCCUCUAAAAACCCAGAUCAUUCAACAUCUCAUUGAUUCAAAGCGAACAAGUCACAAUGAGAGCACUUACUUUGCUUUAUCUGCUUCCAGGAAAAGGUUGAAUUUCAGAGUUGGAAACUUGGUGUGAGUUAAUGAAAUGGAAACAGUGUGUCCAUGACUUCAAAUAAAGCUGCAAUGGCAGCAAAUGGAAAGAAAUAGAGUUUGGACUCGAGGUAAAGAGGCUAGUCUGUAAAACACCCACUGAAAUGGUGAGCUUGAUCAGGCCCACAUUAAUCCUCUCCAAACAACAGAUUCAACACUUAUGUAAGAGGCAGGCAUCUUGGUUAUUUACAUAACUGACUCUAAUGCGAGUGGUUUAAUUUAACAUGAGAACACAGAUUUGUCCAGUACCCAGGCUAGCUCGCUGUCUCUUGUUUACAGUUCCCAGUGGGCCACCAUUUGUGAGCCUUGAAUCCUCUCCAGAGUCUGUAAGAGGAGGGGACAACGUUAAUGUAACAUGCACUGUGCUUGGGGAGCCAGAAGUGGACAUAAGCUUCAUUUGGAUGUAUCCUGGUCAGGUAAGAGGAUUACUGAGCCUAUAACCAAAAGUUUAUUGUGAUGAGCACCAACAGCUCUGGUUUUGUUUUAAUCUAUUAAUCUAUUUAAGCUUUAUUUAGACAGGUAAUCUGAUUUAGACGAGGGUGUCAUUCUCAGGAGAUCAGGCAUUAUCAAAUGAAGAGUGGCAAAGUGGCAUGAAAGAUGAUAUUCUUGAGCAGAAACAUAACCCUGCUGAUUUGCAAAGCUUUGUGCUUUAAAAAAACACUCAAAGACAGGAAUUACUAUAACACAUAGAAACAUUCUAACAAGCACAGUGUUGGUCUUCAUCGUGGUAGAAAACAAAGCAUGUUUACAAUCGUAGGACUCUGGGAUCUUGUUGAUAAUCCACGGUGAGUUUUUUUGGGUUACCGCGACAUUGUCAAUGAUAAAACCUUUCCUUCCUCUGAUAUUUCCUCACUCAUGUUUGUCUAACUGAACAGGACCACCGUCCAGUCCACAUCCACAACUCCUGGAGGCUGGUUAACAGAGGUUUGAGCCAUACUACACGGGUCUCCCAGAGCGUCAUGACUAUAGAGGACAUGGAGACCAUCGACUUUGGAAGCUACAUCUGCAAAGCCAAGAACCAGCACGGUGAGACAAUCGUGGCGACCAACAUCAGCUCCAAUUAACCCCAGUGACCCAGCCUGCAUUGAUGUAAUAAGUAAUGAGUGUGUGAGGGAGAAUUCCAGUGUAUCCAGAUAACCAUUGAAUGUAUAUACUACAAAAAGUAUGUAUUUUAAGACUGCAGAUUGUGAUGCAUAAUAAAGGUUUGCUACAUCUUUUGACAGACUCA